AUGGCCGCCAGGAAUUUCUUAGUCCGAUCCCCCAAGGAGGAGGAAUCCAGCGCUGCCGUCCGAGAGGCUGUCUUGUUGGGAGGGAAGAACGCCGCCAUUGCUGGUACUGUGGUUGCGGUUCCCACGUUGGUUGCUUGCCGUGUCCUUCCUUGGGCUAAGCAUAAUCUGAACUACACCGCACAAGCACUCAUCAUAUCGUUAUGUGCAUGGCCAUAUAUCUUCUUAUGCCACCUGGCCCUGUUUUCACAAACAAUGCUAGUCUUCAAUAAUUUUCAAUGCACCGGUUCUCUAUGA